CCUAGUUCGAACAAAAAAAAUAAUGUUAAAUAAUAUUUUUGCAGUGUUUUGCUCCAUAUAGUGCAUUGAUCAUGCACAAUGAACACCAUAGAAGAACAACCACCUUAUAAGGAUUCAAAAAAUGAAAAGAAUACAAAGGUACCAACAAUUGAAGACUUUGUCUUUAUUAAACCGAUUAGCAGAGGAGCCUUUGGGAAAGUGUUUCUUGGACACAAGAAGAAUCAGACGGACACUGUGUAUGCAAUCAAGGUCAUGAAGAAGUCUGACAUGAUCAACAAAAACCUGACUAGUCAAGUGGUUACAGAGCGAGAUGCAAUGGCAAAAGUGUCUAGCCCCUUUAUCGUGAAACUGUUCUAUUCCAUACAGUCCCAACAGAACAUCUUCCUGAUUAUGGAAUACCUGGUAGGAGGAGAUGUAAAGAGCCUUCUUGGUGUGGUGGGCUACUUUGACCAACCAAUGGCCAUAAUGUACGUGGCUGAGGUCACCCUGGCUCUUGAGUACCUCCACAGCAAGCGCAUCAUACACAGAGACCUGAAGCCAGACAAUAUGCUGAUCACAGACCGAGGCCACAUCAAACUCACAGAUUUUGGAUUGUCCAAGUUCAACAUGAGCUUCAAUGCUGAUGUACCCAUGACCCCUAGGACACCGAUGCCAUACAGCUUGAAGAAUUACAAUGCACACCGAACUCCUGGGCAGAUCUUAUCCUUGAGAUCAUCUCUAGCUUUUAGCAGUGAUGGUGACCAGUCUAGUUCCUUGUACAGCCCCCAUCCGAUGGUGAUGUCUCCGCUUGCUGAGGUGUCCUUUAAUAUGCAGCAGAGGCAGGCUGGCCCCGCCUCCCACGCUACACCAUGUCGCCCAACCCGUGACUUGGCAGGCCCUGGAGCCCACAAAACUCCCGGCCCUGCCCACCAGACACCACGGAUCAACCCCAAUAGGCUACUGAAGCAGAAGUCUAUGAGGGAUGAGCUCCUCUCUCAAUCUGCAUCCAAGGUCUUGAGUUGUCACAGUAUGCAAGCUUCAACACCAGGCCGCACAGCAAACAAGGUUGCUCCCGUGUCCAGCCUUAUGACGACACUAGAGGCGUCAGCAGACUGGACGCAGUCGACAGGCUGCAAUAUGGAAGAUGUGAGCAGCUCUGUCAACAUUGAGGACAUUAGCUCAAUCCAUCUAGCACGCCCUAUAGGCCUUUCAUGUAGAGAUAGUCUUGAUGUCAAUUCUCAUCUCGACUCCAUUGGAACGGAACAAAGCCAAGAUUCGGAUGAUGUUUUCUUUGGCAAUUCUUUCAAGUCUUCUGUAACUGGGGAGGUUUCGGAGAAUUCAAUAAUUAAGCAGAAAAAUGUUGGAAGCUCCGAACGUCAUAAUGGGAAAUGUUCAUGCAAGGCUGACAGAAGGGAGCGCCAUUGCUCAGAGUGUGACAGCCACUGCAAGGUGCCGUCAAGACAAGAGCGGAUGACUGACGAUACUCCCCAGAUGCAUCGGACUGACGAGUCUGUGUGGAGCUCGUACGCAGCCAGGAACUUACGGUCGUUGAGACAUGGGUCGUAUUCCGAGGAUACUGAUGGUGAUAGUGACAAUAAAGAAAAUGGGGGAAUCACUAGCGUAGAAGGUAGCCAAUGCGAAGUUUUUGGUCAAGUGAAAGAAAAACAAGAAGUACAGCAACUGCGACAUUCCCUCAGUUUUAGUGUUUUUGAUGACAUAAAGGCCAAGUGUGGUACAAGCAAUUAUCAAAGAAGUAAACCAAGAAAACUAGUCAAAACAAAAAGUUUUUGUUAUCCUUCUGAUGAGGAGAGUGACUCUGAUGUAAGUCGAUACCAAGAUCGUGUACGGUUUGCAAGAAAACGCAGUUUCUGUCAUGUUGAAGUGAGUCCUGUACGGCGUACGCAUAGUGCAGAUUCUGGGCUCACCCAGGAGUUCAGAAUGUUGAAAUGUGGGAGCAGCGGGGAACCGCUGUAUAAGAGGAGUAACUCCAUACCACGUACAAGGAUUAGAUUUCCUAGUGGUCAGGAUGGUAAAGAAAAGCCAUCUUGUCAUAAACCUGGAGCAUCGGGUCGGUGUAAUCCUGAUAAAACAAGGCAAUGCCUUGACCGAAUCACUACCGACUGCAAGAAGUUAUACAGCUCAGAUAACUUGGUGUCCCUGUCGGCGGAUGAACAGAGACUUGUAGAGGGACAUAGUGACACGUCGGAAUCUGAGAGAAUGACAUCAUCAGGAGGUAAAUCUGGGAUGCACAGUGGGGACGAAGAGAAAUCUACAGGCCAGGAUUCUAAAUGUGUAUCUGAAGAUUUUCUUGAUAGCCCUAUCUUCACACAGAUGAAAUCUGAACAAAACAGGCAUGAUAAUCUACCUCAAAAAGGACCUGUGAUUGAUAAGCGGAUUGCUAAACUUCAAAAGCCUUUUGCUUCUAGUUUAAAAUCGGAGGGUGAGGUUGAUCCAUUCAGCCCAAACCUGUCUAGUAUCCAGGACAGCUCACAACAUGGUUGGAUGGAUAUGUCUGUGUUCACGCCACCACCUGAGGGGAAUGUUCUGAACCAGGAGAAAUGCGGGUCCCCACAAGCCCAGCAUGAAGCCAAGCCGCUUUUUCCACCUCCUGCGCCAAGGACAAGGCAUCCAUCAGGCAAGAAGAUCCCGGCCAAUAUUAACCUAGGGGAGAGAACCCCAGCCAAGCUAACGCAAGGGGACGCCUUGCGUCAUCGAAAUACCUCGGAGGGAUCCACAUCUUCUUGUAUUGCUAUGACUCCAGAGCCUUAUUUGAAGGUACAUUUCCAAACCCCAGAUGUAAAGCGGACUCCUUGUGCCCCUGUUACCCGGUUCCAUUCAUUUUCACAUCCCCUUAAGACGCCAUACAGGACCCCUAAGUCUGUGCGACGGGUCCCACCCCCCACAGAAGAAGAAAGAAUUCUGGGGACACCUGAUUACCUUGCCCCUGAAAUCCUCCAGCAAAAACCACAUGGUCCCGGUGUAGACUGGUGGGCUCUGGGGAUCUGCAUGUUCGAGUUUCUGACUGGCGUGCCUCCCUUCAAUGACGAAACACCGGAACUUGUCUUUGAAAAUAUAUUAAAACGAGACAUACCGUGGCCAGAAGGGGAGGAAGCUAUCAGCCCGGAAUGUCAAGACGCCAUCGAGGCUCUGCUUAACCCAGACGCCAUGCACCGACCUGGGGCCAGAGUUGUGCGUCAUAUGCCGGUGUUUGAGGGUAUACACUGGGCCCACUUACUGGACUCUGAGGCACCCUGGGUCCCCGAGCCCAAUGACGCCACUGACACCACAUACUUUGAAGCGCGAAAUUUGAUGCAAAAUCUUCUUGUAUCUGACGUGGAUUUCUGAGUGUUGGAUCUGCUGCUAUCGGACGUGGAUUUCUGAGUGUUGGAUCUGCUGCUAUCAGAUGUGGAUUUCUGAGUGUUGGAUCUGCUGCUAUCAGAUGUGGAUUUCUGAGUGUUGGAUCUGCUGCUAUCGGACGUCAAUGUCUUUUUAAAACUCAAUUUUUUUCUCAAUGUCUCAUAUUUGCAAAGUUACCACACUUGACUUAUCAUCUUCCAUCAAACCGCUCCCCCUGUAAAUAUGUUGGGCCCUUGUCACAUUCUGUGAUGGCUGUAGUUAUUUCAAUAGCUGAAUAUACUUGUUCAUAAGAAUUCUUAUAACAUAUUCCUAUUAUUAUGACACAUUGAUUAUGACGUAGCAUAUUUUUGGUAACCGGUUAGUUAUAUAUGUUAUUAUAUUGUUGGUAAUAGUUUUUGUUAAUUCUUACAACAUGUCAAUUGAGCCGAAAUAGUUUUUGUACUUACCAUGACACUGUCAUUGUAUUCAUAAUUUUACUUUGUUAUCUUUUACUUAUUAGAAGCAAACAUGGAUUUAUUAACCAAUUUUUCUUGUCCUCUAUAUAUACUUUUUACAUUUUGUACAUUUCUCAUUAUGUUGUCUCCCUUUUGACUUUACUGUAAAUUUGUCAUUAUUCUUAUUCCUAUACUUCAUCUUUUUCUUCACCAAAAUUUUUACCGGAGCAGAACUUGAAAACUACUUGAAAGUUUUCAAUGAAACUUGGAACAUAGAUAGAUACUGAUGUAAACUUUUGCAUCCUCAUAACUGGGGCACUUUAUAUCAAAAUUGUCUCCUCUGGUUCAUCUUUCUUAUAAUGCAAACUUCUUUUGAUAGGGACUAUGUGAAGAUUAGCACUCAAAUAACUCUAGGGCACUUGAUUGCAGUUAUCUCCCCUUGUUUCUUUUGUUAAGUUUGCAGAUUGUCAGCUUUAGAAGAAAAUGUCAGGUUUUCGUCAUUGCCUUUUGCCAAAAUUUUUAACUUUAGCCAUUCCUCAAUAACAGUUAAAGAAUCUGUCUUUGAUAACAUGAAUCAAUCUUAUGUAUGCAACUGAAUCUUGAUGCAUGGUACCAAAGACUAUGUUGGCUUUGUUAAUUAUUAUGUCCUUUAUUCCACUAAAAUAAACCCCACAGAAUAAGCUAUGUGACCGUCUUGUUUGUUUUUGUUUAACUCAAAAAUGUGCUUUUUAUGUAAAACACUAGUCAAUUAAUACUUCUUACACUACUUUGUAAUGAAGUGAAGGAGAAAAUAUUCAUAUUUCAUAUAAAGUCUAUUUAGUAACUAGGAGAUCUGGUGCGGUAUUCAUAAAACAUUUCCUAACUUAAGUCAAUUUCGUUUAUAAGAAAUAUAGUUUUUAUACUCAAAUUAAAAUACAUGAAUUAUGUUAUUUCUACAUAAAAGUGUGUAUUUUGAAUUUAGUUUAUGAAGUAGUUUUAACAUUUUCAAGACCAAAUAUCAAAUGAAUAAUGAAAUACUUAAAUUAGGAGGCUGACUUAAGAGUACAGGCUCUGUUCUAAAUAAUUAUAGUGAGUAUUCGGUGCUAAUCCAGUGGUGUAUGCACUUUAUCAUGUAUAUGAACUUGUUGUAUCUAUGUAUAUAAUGCUUGUUACAUCAUUCCUGUGAUACUGUUAAUAUGUUUUAUGUGUAUUGUGUGUGUCUAUGUAAUUGUAAGCUCAUAAAUAUUAAAUACAGAUUAAUUUACUUUUACGGUUUGGAAUUGCAUAUAUUAAACUUACUGGUACAUGUAUACUGCAUAUAUUUAUGGAAAUUGUACAUGAUAUUCAAGUGGGUGUAAAUGAUCUGGCCCCAAUUCCUCGAAACUUCUUAAGCUUAACAGGCUUAAGUCACAUAUAUCAAUUAGCCAAAAUACAUACUGAAAAUAGAUUUUGAUAAAUGAAAAAUGGCUUACUGUCAUAAUCAUAUAGAUAAUUCCUACAUAAUUUCUAAAAAUUCUUGAAGAAGUAAAUAUAACACAUUUUAUAGAGCAACAAAAAUAGUGAGAAUAGCUUAAUCCUGUUAUAAGAGACUAAAGAAGUUUCAAGAAAUUGGGGCCUGUCUCAUAACAAAAACAUGUUAUACCCUUAUAUACUGUAUGUGUUCCCUCUUUUCUUCGAUUGUUAUAGAUGAUAUUAUAGAUGUUAUUUAUGAUGAGCUUGGGCGACUAUAAAUUAAUUGUUAGAUAUUUAGCCUCUCCCGCCCCCUCUUUCCCUUAAAUGUUACUACUCUUAAAAAUGUUGAAUUAGGGUCUAUAUCGGGCCAGGAAUGGCGUUAAUUCAUUUAUACGAUGCUAAUGUAUAACAUUCACAUGUAAAAAUUGCGAAUUGUUACGAUUGUGUUCGUGGCUUGUCUAGAAACACAUGUUUAUGGCCCCUUCAAUAAGAAAGAGCAUGAACACAUAUUCAACGGUGUAACAGUCAUUUAAGAAAAAUAAAAUGUCACCCCAACUCCCACCCCCAUUGAAAAAGAAAUUGGAUGAUAAUCUUGUAAUUAAUUAAUAAUGGCCUUACUAGAAAUAGUGAAACCGCUAGUUAUUAGGGUUUUAGCUAAGACUUUUGGAAGGGUGCUAAACCCUGUCCAUUUUGGAUGCACCCCUCUGCCUUCUUGAAGACGAGCAUGUGCACAUUCUACCUUCCUGGGACUGUAUGUUUUAGAUAAUAAAUAGUAAUAUGCUUCGCUUAAAAGCUGAAUAUAUUAGUAUAAAGUCAAUAUAUCUUGCAUUUGAAUGCUCAAACGACUUCAAUUUAAUUAAUUUCUAACAUUUAUUGUGAAAUUAAUAUCUAUUCAAGUUCAUCUCCGCUCGAAACAAUGUGCCUUUUUACGCCUAGUACUCUGUCCCUUCUCAGCAACACCUUGCCCUUUUAAAACCUGGCUAAGACCAAAUAGUUAUAUCACAGACAUACGUACAUAUAUCCUAGGUUAUAUCUACCCACAAUAAUGAGAGUUCGACAUAGAUAGAUCAUACGUGUUAUUAUUUUGACAUUUGUUAUGUAUCCUUGCAACGAGUCUGCCAAGUACAAAACACGUCUGACAUCCAUUUAGAUGGACUAUGGUUAUAUCAUGCAAUUUUUUUUUGCUGCUCUGAUUUUCCCAGAAAAGCACCUCAUAAGAUAGCUUUGAUGUCAUUGUCUCCUUGUCGUCGGCGGUGUACAAAAUACGUCCAACUUCUCAAAUUAAACUAAGUACACAUGUCUGCAGAAGCUAUUCGCACUUGUGUAGCAGACCCAUAAUUUCGGAUUAAAUAAUUGUCGAGUUAUGCCCCAUUUUAAAUGAAAUCCCAACAACGGACGAGCAUUGCCAUUGGCUCGCGAGGAACUGGUUCAGUAUAAAGUCAAAUGUAAUAUGCUUGCUUUUGCACAUAAUUUAUUUUCCAUGGACGAUAUUAUGAUCAUUACUAUUUGGGCAUAAGGUUUACAGAGCCAUUGGA